GUGCCGGCGCGCCGGGUCAGGGUUCAGCCCAAAGAUGGCGGCGGCGGCAGUGACCUUCUGCCGGCUCCUGGGCCGGAGCGGUCCAGCGGCGCUGCGCCCGCCCCGGGGCGCCAGGUGUUUGGGGGUGCGGGCGUCGCCGGCCGGGGAGAAGAUCACGCACACCGGCCAGGUUUAUGACGAUCAAGACUAUAGGAAAGUUCGGUUCGUUGGUCGUCAGAAAGAGGUGAAUGAAAACUUUGCCAUUGAUUUGAUAGCUGAGCAGCCUGUGAGUGAAGUUGAAAGUCGUGUGAUCUCGUGCGACGGUGGCGGGGGGGCUCUUGGCCACCCGAAAGUGUACAUAAACCUGGACAAAGAAACAAAAACGGGGACGUGCGGCUAUUGUGGACUGCAGUUCAAACAUCACCAUCACUAGAGCAGCCAUGCAUCCCGGCCCCGGGGGCCUGCAGGCAGCUGGGUGCACACACCCCACAGGUGAAGGGCUUCUCGCUGUUCCUGGGGCACCGCUGGUGCCGAAUAAAGAGUGUUGUAUCCAG